GAGCGAUCGUGAAACGUUACGUCGGCUACGACUUACCAGCUGUCAGCCAUCGGGAUUGUGAAUACUUUUUAUUAAUUUGGAAAGUGACGUUUCUCGCGUUUUAUAAGCGCGUGCCGUCCAUCGCGGAGAUAAUUUCCGAUACCGUUUGUCAAUUUCCACGUGGAAAUCUGGCCGGAAAUGGACAGUAACGCUCGUCACAAUACGCCGCCUCAAACAAGUGCGGAUACCAGUGGCGAAACGUCACAUCAGAACGAAAUUCCUACAGUUACUGUAGCUAUGCCAUUCAUGCAAGUUGAUAUACUAAAUCAUUCCGGAACUUCUGCUGCUGGUGCACAUGCAAAUAAUUUAACAACAACGAAUCGGAUGGUUGAUGGAGAAGAGAUACCACCUCCAAAACCAGAUUUUUCUGCACCACCUCCUUACGAAGUAGCUACCAAAUUGCCCAGUUAUGAAGAAGUACAACGUGAAAAAACUCUACAAGGCGAGCCACAACCUCAAGUACAUAUGCCAGGAAAUAUUAGAUCACCACAACAACCUCUAACAAUAUUGGCUAUAGAUACCGAAGCUGCAGAGGGAGAUCCAGAAAGUGGAUUACUUGGUACAGACUUUAUGUUCUUCACAGCAUUUCUUGUUGCAUUCCUAUUCAAUUGGAUUGGGUUCUUGUUACUGAUGUGUUUCUGUCACACUAUUGCCUCUCGUUAUGGUGCACUGGCUGGUUUUGGAUUGUCUCUGACAAAAUGGACACUCAUCGUCAAACACUCUACCGAUCUUGCUUCGCGUGAAAACUCAUGGCUUUGGUGGUUAAUAAUGGCAUUUGGAGUCUUAAUUUGUGUACGUGCCAUCAUACAAUAUUUGAACAUUAAACGCGGUUGGAGAUUACUGUCUGGCAGCGCACAGGAGCGUCUCCUUUUUUUCUAUUAAAAACCGUUGAAUCUGCACCUCUUUUCUUUAUUCAACUUGGCUUUAGAACAAAGAGCAUUUUUAUGUGAGGUCAUAUUUGUAUAAUAUAUAAUCGAGAUUAUUAUAUAAAUUGUAAUAUCUAUCAAUCGUGUCUAUAUAGAACGAAAGCAAGGAUCUUUAAAACGAUUUGCCAAAUUCACUGCGUGAAAUGGAGAUAAUAUGAAAAAAGAAACGAAAAAGAGAAAUUCAUUUUUCGCGUAUACAUCUAUAUACACAUCCUGAAACACAUACACUAUUUUAAGUGUUAUCAUACAAAAUAGGAUACGAGAAAAAAUGUACUUUUUUAUUGCUCAAAAUAUGAAAAGUGCUUUAAGUCAAUGAUCUUAUUAUUCAUUUGUGUAUUGUACAUUUAAAUCACUGAAAUAUGUAAACGCGCGAGGAGCGCAUGUGAAAUUGUUACUCACGCAAUAUCGACUCGAGUUAAAACUAAUCGCGCGAAGAAACGAAUUAUAUUAUUCGUUAUUAUUUCCAAAUAAGUAAUAGAGGACAAAAAAGUUCUGAUAGUAUAUAAUACAGUUUAGUACUAGAAAAGCUUCUAGAAAUUUGACUACUUACUAUAUGUAUAUGAUAAGUGUAUCGAUAUCUUGUUUAUUUAGUAUUAUAAUUUUCAUAUAUAUACUUAUAUAUAUAGUAAAAAUUCUUAUUGAAAAAAUUCUGUGAGAUAUAGAUGAAAGAUAUAUAAAUAUUACAUAUAUGUAUUAAAAUUUAUUAUAUGGAAUAAGUGAUAUGCAAUUAUAUGUUAUUCUGUGAGAAAUUUCAUUGUUAUACUUAUUACAAUGAUAAAACAGAAAAAUGGA